AUGGAAACCCCAUCGCGUACUUUUUCAUUCGUAGCCUAUGAAACCCUCUUGAGACAAUACUUCACCUCGGGUCCCAUCUUUUCGGGUCAUUCAGAUACUCUAGUGUGUUUUUGGCCUACUCGUGAUCGAUUAGAUGGUUUGUGGAAAGGCUUUUUAAAACCGCUCGACCCGAUGAAACCAUGGGUCAUGAAUAGUCAAACACAAGCUCUCAAUUUCAUCAACUCUGGUCUUCAUGCAUUGACAAACGAUAACAUUAUCGCGACACACUUUGUACGAGAACUAGGAAAGACUCAAGGUUGUGGACUGAUAGUGAUGCAAGACUUGUUGAAUUUCACAUACUCGAAUGAUGCAGGUUCAAGUCGCACUCGAGUCUCGUUUCAACGAGGACUAGUUCCAUUUGUGAUACUAUUGACAAUGCGACGAAUGGAAAUGGUGAGUCAACAUAUGGAUGAAGCAAACUAUGUCUAUGCUUUUGUCCGGACAGCUCAUGUCCAGCUAUUUCAAUUGUAUAUGGAGCAUUUCAAACAACUUGUCGAACGACAUUGUAUUGAUGACCGGAUGGUACCACAUGCAACUUUUCUAUGCGAGUCACAAGGUCGAAAGUUCGCACCACUGUGUUUUACUCAAGUGUGUCUCCCAAUUAUUCGGUUGUUGUAUCUGUUAGGCAACAAGUUUAAGGACUUCAUCUAUGAAAAUGCUUUUCAAGAGACUGUCAAUGAGGUUGAUGACUUGGUAUCCGAUUGGAUUAAUGAUUGUCAAGAUGAGGAUUCUGUACUUGAUUCCAAGCUGUGUUUUAAGACCAUACGAGAAGAAAUCAAACGACUUCAUAAGAUGCUUGAACGUGGCAAACGUAGUAUUCAAGCAGGUCAAUUGUUGAGAAGAACAGAACAAUCGAAACAUGGAGUAGAGGAUGAACCUUGGGAUGUGCUUGAAGUGGGUGUUCCUGGAAGAGAUGUAUUGACGGACGGAAGUAUUGGUCCACGCCACGAUAAUGAUCAUCCAGAGAUUCAUGAUAUUCAAAUAUUACCUACAACUGAAGAAUGUUUAUCACGUGAACCACCCCUGCUACCUGGAAACUUUCCAUUUCAUGAAAAUGCUCAUUGGUUACCACCUGGACCAGAGCGUUGGGUAGAUACGCACUUUCGGCUCUAUCGAGAGGAUUUUUGCUGGACCAUUCGAUCCAGCGUACAGGAUCUAUGUCAUCGACUAGUUGAAAGCCAAGGCAAUCUAGCUGCUGGUCGUUUGCGCGAUGCUAAUGUAGAUUACAACGUGUACCAGGUUGCCGAAACUGGCAUGCCACUGAAGCAUACAUAUAGCCGAGGUGAGCGAGAUACUAGUCGUCGUUUUACCGAACGUCAUGGGCUUUGCAUCGAUGUACGAUUCCAGCAACCGUCGGCAGCAGAGUUAACAGGGCGGGCUAAUCGAUCAGAUAUGAAUGAUAAGAAAAGCCGAAAGGAGCUAUGGGAGAAAACAGGCCGACUUCCGUUCAAAGGUAUGGUUGCGCUAGUUAGCUAUGUCGAUGGUGCCUUGCAAGUGGUCUUUUGUCAGAUUGUUGAUCGUGAUCUCGAUCGACUCGUGCAGGAUGUAGUGGAGGUAACUUUGCAGCCAUUUGAAACCCAAGACUAUAUGACUAUCGAGCGAUGGCAACGAUCAGCAUCCUUAAGGUCCAACCAACAGAAAAAUCGCCUGCGCAUACUGCUUUUGGAAUUCAACAAUGUUUUCUUACUCGCGUACGAGCCAGUACUUCGUGCGCUUCAAUCUCUACAGCCGGCUACCCUGCCAUUCCUGAAAUAUCUAGCUCCAGAAGCCCCACGGACACCGGAAGAAGGUGAGAUGGAAUCUCCAAUGUAUUGCUUCACAAGUGAUUUUAGUUUUGAUCUCAGCUCGGUGAUACGAACCCACCCAGCUGGAGUCGAUGGUGCGCCGCAAAGGUUACGUCUGCGGCCACUUGACCAAAACUCUCGCGAGGCGUGUAAGACUGCGUUAGAGCACUAUUCGACAUUAGAGCACGAUCAGGCAAAAGCGUUGGUAGAAGCGUUGAGUAGUCAGGUGGCAUGCAUUCAAGGGCUCCCUGGUACUGGCAAGUCGUAUAUUGGGUCGAUGCUGACACGGAUUAUUGUGGAAGCAAAAGUUUCACCUGUGCUGGUCGUGUGCUACACAAACCAUGCUCUAGAUCAGUUUUUGUGUCAUCUCCUGGAUGUUGGUAUUACAAGUCUUGUGCGUAUUGGAGGACAAUGUAAGGAACCCCGUUUGGAUAAGUAUAAUUUGAACAAGCUCCCCAGGACAUUGCUGCGUUACGAGCUCAAGCUGCUUUACGAGAGACUUGAUAAAGCUGCAGAUGCUAUUGCUGUGGUGCUUCAUGAGCUUAAUGCAGAAACACACCGUCAUACGUGGAAAUCUUUGAAAUGGUUUCUGGAAACGAAUUACCCAGACGAAUACGACUACUUUGCCGAACGCUAUGCGGAAUUGUACGAAGACGGUGAUGAUGGUUGGGAAAUUGCCGGGUGCGACGAUAUACUAGACUACUGGAUCCAGGGACACGAUAAGAAUGCCUUGCAACGUCGUCAGUCAUGGAGGCAGGGCCCAAAUGUUUGGAUGUGGAGCCUUGCCAAGCGUCGUGAUGCACUUGCAGAGUGGGUUAGCGCGAUUCGAGGCGAGCAUGUCGGAGAGCUUGUAACAGCUCAAAAGGAGUACUGGGACAUCGUGAAUAAAAUCAAUGUCGUUAAAGAGCAAGCAGACGUGGAUGUACUCAAGCGUGUUCAGGUUAUUGGCAUGACAACUACCGGUGUCGCAAAAAGUCAGCAGAAAAUCACGGCUAUAGCGCCUCCAGUGGUGAUAUGUGAAGAAGCAGGAGAAAUUCUUGAGGCACAACUUAUGGCAUGUCUGUCACCAGACUGUCAGCAGCUCGUGCUAAUUGGUGACCACAAGCAGCUCCGUCCGCACAUUGCUAUGCACAACCUUAGCGUUGAAAGUGCUAUUGGAAAACGGUUUGCCCUGGAUGUAUCGCUUUUUGAGCGUUUGGCCACUCCGACUUCAGGCCUGCCUUUUUGGAUGUUGACAGAGCAACACCGCAUGCGUCCACAGAUUUCUCAGCUAAUACGCAUGCUCUUUUACCCUCAAGUUCGCGAUGCUUGUGAGACACUGGAAUACCCGCCUGUCCUUGGUGUAGAUAAGAACGUAUUCUUCGUGAACCAUAACCAUCCUGAAGAUGCCGCGUCUGGAAUCUUAGGAGCUCCUGCCCGCUCCCACUCCAAUGAAUACGAAGUCGCGUACAUCGUAGCAACUCUCAGGUAUCUUUUACAACAAGGGUAUCACACCAGCGAUAUCGCAAUUCUUACUCCAUACGUUGGACAGCUCAUGAAAUUGCGAUCAGCGCUUCGAGGAAAGUUUGUUCUGGAGCUGAACGAGCUUGACCAGGCUGAAAUCAAGCGCGCGCUUGACGAUGACUCCGACGAAGAUGAUGGUAGUGCUGAGGAUACCAAUAGUGAGAACUCUGCUGCUUUAGAAGCAACUAAGAAAGAGCUCUUAAGAGCAAUCCGCGCAGCGACAAUUGAUAACUUUCAAGGCGAAGAAGCAACCAUCAUUUUGGCAAGCUUAGUUCGCAGCAGUACGAAUGUUCACAGGCGUGGAGCGAUUGGAUUUCUUAAGACUCCAAAUCGGAUCAACGUACUUCUUUCUCGAGCAAAGCAUGGAUUGAUUCUUGUGGGUCAUGGCGAUUUGCUUCGAGCAAAAUCGCCUUUAUGGCAGCAAGUGCUCGAUCAACUGCAACGUGAAGAAUGUUUUGGCAAUGGGUUACCUCUCUACUGCCAACGGCACCCAGACUAUCAGCGCAUCGCUACAAAUCCGAGCUCAUUCGAACUGCUUGCGCCUGAUGGAGGUUGCUUGCGUCCGUGUGGAACGCGACUUCCGCGAUGUGGCCAUGCGUGUCCCAAGCUAUGCCAUGUGGAUCAGCCGUCUCACAUUGCUAUAUACUGCACACAGCCAUGCCCACGACUGCUACCUGGCUGUGAGCAUGUAUGUCCCGGAGUUUGCGGUGAUUCAUGUGGCCGUUGCGAAGUACUUAUUGGCUCAAUUGUUCUACCUUGUGGUCAUACGUACAACAAUGCCCGAUGCUUUGAGGCUAAGAUGCCCUCAAAAGUGAAGUGUAAAGUACCAGUUGAAAAGACCGUUCCGAUCUGUGGGCACGUUCAACGCGUUACUUGUAGUACAAUGACCGUCAAGUGCACACGAAUGUGUGGUUUCGUACUUCCCUGCGGCCACGCUUGCUCUCGUGCAGUGGCGUUUGCCAUGGGAACUUACCCUGCCCUCCAUGUCGGCGUAUCUGUGACGUUUUCAGCUGUGAGCAUGGAUCUUGUAAACACCCGUGUAGUGAACCUUGUGCUGCCUGCACGGAGCCGUGCCAAUGGAGUUGUGAGCAUUGCGGAGAUUGUCCUCUACCUUGCGGUGCACCAUGUCAUCGGCGUCUGUGCGAUCAGCGAUGCACAAAACUGCUCGCGUGUGGACAUCAGUGCCCCAGUAUUUGUGGAGAAGACUGUCCGUCGCGGAAAUUUUGUCAUAUGUGUGGAGAUGACAAUGUGA